CGUGUUGAUGCAUGAGUAGCUAGUGUAAGUUCUGACUUGAAAAUAAGCUUAGGCGUAUGGUGCAAUUCUAGCCAACUAUGUAUGUGAAAAUCUGCCUGGGAGUUUCUGAGGGAGCAUUUUCUUUUUAAAAAUACGUCAUUCUUUGAAUUUCUUUUUGCAUGUCAAUAAUGAUAAUUGUCUGAAAAUAACCUUAAUUUUGUCUUACUUUGGUAACGUUUAUAAUUUAUUCUUAUCUCAGUGCAAUACAAAGUAGGAAAAUAGGGUGGUAGCAGACAUUCUUAUGUUUUGUUAACUACCUGAAAAUUUACCUGCUGUAUGGUUUGGAGUUACCAUCUUUCCUGGAGGUCAAGAAAUUGAAUAUUUCAGCAUCAUCUCGCCUCCUAAAAAGAAAAAUAAAAAACAAAAAACAACAACAAAAAGAAAUUGAAUAUUGCCAGCACCCCAGUGGUAUUCUGUGACCCUUUUUCCAUCCUCACACCUAAAGGUCCUGACUCCUUAGCAAAAAAGUCACCUGAACGAGGAAGACGUUACAGGAUUUGGGUAUCAGCAUUUCUGGGGAUGCACUUGAUCAAAGACUGAGACUUCUGAACAGAAAUGUAGAGCAGAUCUAGAAGACACAAAGAGCAUUCCAGUUGCCAGCCAUUUUCCAGGAACAGAAGACAAUGAUGCAUGCCCAGGAAUCACUGACCCUGGAGGAUGUGGCUGUGGAGUUCACCUGGGAGGAGUGGCAGCUCCUGGGCCCUGCUCAGAAGGACCUGUACCGGGACGUGAUGUUGGAGAACUACAGCAACUUGGUGUCAGUGGGGUAUCAAGCCAGCAAACCAGAUGCACUCUCCAAGUUGGAACACGGGGAACCACCAUGGAGAAGAGAAGAUGAAAUCCACCGUGGAGCCCGUUCAGAAGUCUGGAAAGUUGAUGGUCAUUUGCCAGAGCACUUACAAAAUGAAAGCAUGGUGAACAGAAUGGAACAAUGGCAUGGACAUAAUGCGUUUGGAAAUAUUGUUCAUCAGAACAAAACUCAGUUUCUGUUAAGGCAAAAUCAUGAUAUAUUUGACUUAAAUGGAAAAAGUAUGAAAUCAAAUUCCACUUUAGUUAACCAGAGCAGAAGCUAUGAAAUAAAGAAUCCUGCUGAGUUUACCAGAAAUGGGGAAUCCUAUCUCCAUGCUAACCCUGGACAAUUUCAUACUGAAAUUAAAUUCCCUACAAGUCGAAAACUCAUCAGUGCUAAGUCCCUAUUCAUCAGUCCCAAGCAUCAGAAAACUCGAAAAAUAGAGAAGCCUCAUGUGUGCAGUGAAUGCGGGAAAGCCUUCAUUAAAAAGUCUUGGCUCACUGAUCACCAGAUCAUUCAUACAGGAGAGAAACCUCAUAGAUGUGGUCUAUGUGGGAAAGCCUUCUCCAGAAAGUUCAUGCUCACUGAACAUCAGCGAACUCAUACAGGAGAAAAACCUUAUGAAUGCACUGAAUGUGGCAAAGCCUUUCUAAAGAAAUCACGGCUCAACAUACAUCAGAAAACACAUACAGGAGAAAAACCUUAUAUAUGCAGUGAAUGUGGAAAAGGCUUCAUCCAAAAAGGAAAUCUCAUUGUACAUCAGCGAAUUCAUACAGGUGAGAAACCCUAUAUAUGCAAUGAAUGUGGAAAAGGCUUCAUUCAGAAGACAUGCCUCAUAGCACAUCAGAGAUUUCACACAGGAAAGACGCCCUUUGUGUGCAGUGAAUGCGGAAAAUCCUGUUCUCAGAAGUCAGGUCUCAUUAAACAUCAAAGAAUUCACACAGGAGAGAAACCCUUUCAAUGCAGUGAAUGUGGGAAAGCCUUUACAACAAAGCAAAAGCUCAUUGUUCAUCAAAGAACUCAUACAGGAGAGAGACCCUAUGGCUGCAAUGAGUGUGGGAAAGCUUUUGCGUACAUGUCUUGCCUUGUUAAGCAUAAGCGAAUACACACAAGGGAGAAACAAGGAGAUUCAGUCAAGGUGGAAAACCCUCCUGCAGAGAGUCACAGCUCAUUACAUACCAGUGAUGUCAUGCAGGAGAAAAACCUUGCUAACACCGUGACCACACAAGUGCCUUCUGUGGCUCCUCAGACAUCAUUAAACAUCAGUGGCCUCUUAGCAAAUAGGAACGUAGUCAUCGUGGGACAGCCAGUUGUCAGAAGUGCACUUUCAGGAGAUAACAGAGGACUUGCACAGCAGAGAAACCUUGUGAAUGUGGUUGUGCCUUCAGUGAUCAAUUACGUAUUAUUUUAUGUCACAGAAAACCCAUAGGAAAAACACUCAGAUAUAAUCUAUGUGAAAAAGGGUUGAGCAAAACUUUCCAGUUCAUUACAUGGCUGAAAAGUAUAUACUGAGAGAAAAUUAAUAAAUGCAGAGGCUGGGAAAGCCUGAUAAACUCAUCCUAUCUAAAUAGAUGCUUUAACACAGAGGCACAAUCUGAUGUUUACCCAGACACAUAAAUAGUAAUUGCUCUAUUGUGCCAAUUAAAUGAGUGAAGGAGGCCUGAGUUCAUUUAAGUGGAGGAAAUAAGUACUGUGAAUUUUUAAACAGAUAAGAUAAUCAGUAUCUGGAAUGUUGCCAUGAAUGAAAAGCCACAGAAGUGGUUCUUGGGAAAAGAGUUAAUAUUGAAUUGGUGGGAUAUGGGGCACAUAUGUGUUAAUUCCAUUUCCCCAGACCAGCGUGCAGAAUUAAUUGCAGGACUCACUUUUAGAACUUCAUAUUAUGCAGAGGGACCUAUGAAACAAUAGCCUUCCACUGAGUCAAUCUGUUCAUUUAACAAAUA